ACCCACGCCACUUCCGGAGACUCUGUAGCUAGCAGGUAGCUAGUGAUGAGUGAUGGCGUCUGCUGCGAUGGAUACCACGUAAAUGAAUAACAACAAAAACAUUACGGCGAGUGCGUGUCUGCGUGUCAAUAACGAGGCCGUUUCUGUGAAAGUACACUGAAAAACAGUGUGUCGUUAUGGCGACCGGGAGCAGUGGUGGCGGAUUGCCGUCAAACCAUGACGGUCAGGAGGCAGCAUCCAACUCGGCUCAUUGCGGAGCACCAGCAGCGCUCUCCAACGUCCCAGCCUCCGCUCCUACCCCGUCCGGCUCCCCGCCCGUCCUCGGCCUUCACCGGGAGCCCAUGUACAACUGGCAGGCGACGAAGAGGUCCCUAAAGGAGCGCUUCGCCUUCCUCUUCAACAACGAGCUUCUCAGCGACGUCAGGUUCAUAGUCGGGAAAGGAAGACAGGCCCAGAGGAUACCGGCCCAUAAGUUCGUCCUGGCCGCUGGCAGUGCCGUUUUUGAUGCCAUGUUUAACGGUGGGAUGGCCACGACCUCUGCUGAAAUCGAGCUGCCUGAUGUGGAGCCGGCCGCCUUCCUCGCGCUGCUCAGGUUCCUCUAUUCUGACGAGGUCCACAUUGGUCCCGAGACGGUGAUGACGACUCUGUACACGGCUAAGAAGUAUGCGGUCCCUGCUCUGGAGGGGCACUGCGUGGAGUUCCUCACCAAACAUCUCAGAGCUGACAACGCAUUUAUGCUUCUCACUCAGGCCAGGUUAUUUGAUGAGCCUCAGCUCGCCAGUCUCUGCUUAGACACCAUCGACAAAAGCACAGCAGAUGCAAUAAAUGCAGAGGGAUUUACAGAUAUUGACCUUGACACUCUUUGCGCGGUGCUUGAAAGAGACACACUAAGCAUCAGGGAGAACCGUCUGUUUGGAGCGGUGGUCCGCUGGGCGGAGGCUGAGUGUUACAGGCAACAGCUUCCUCUGACCGCGGAGAACAAACAGAAGGUUCUGGGGAAAGCCCUCCCGCUCAUCCGCUUCCCGCUCAUGACUGUUGAGGAGUUUGCUGCCGGGCCUGCCCAGUCUGGAAUAUUGUUCGAUCGGGAGGUGGUAAAUCUGUUUUUACACUUUACAGUAAACCCCAAACCGCGGGUCGACUACAUCGACAGGCCUCGCUGCUGCCUCAGGGGGGAGGAGUGCAGCAUUAAUAGAUUCCAGCAGGUUGAGAGUCGAUGGGGGUACAGUGGUACCAGCGACAGGAUCAGAUUCAAUGUUAACAGAAGAAUAUCCAUAGUGGGUUUUGGCUUGUAUGGUUCCAUACAUGGACCCACUGACUAUCAGGUCAACAUACAGAUCAUAGAGAGCGACAAACGCAUCACACUGGGACAGAACGAGACAGGUUUCAGCUGCGAUGGCACAGCAAACACGUUCCGAGUGAUGUUCAAAGAGCCCGUGGAAAUCCUACCCAGCGUCAGCUACACUGCGUGCGCCACCUUAAAGGGCCCCGACUCGCAUUAUGGCACUAAAGGGUUAAAGAAAGUGACCCAGGAAUUGGCAUCGGGGGCCAAGACAACAUUUUUCUUUUUUAGUUCACCUGGAAAUAACAACGGCACAUCCGUGGAGGACGGGCAGAUACCAGAAAUCAUCUACUACAGCUGAACUCGCUGCAGUGUCAUUCAGGUACACUGAAACAAGGAGACCUCGGACUGCUGGGAAGACUGGACUGUUCUUGGUGCCUCACGAGCCUAUGGAAUAACGAAUGUGUGUGUGUGUGUGCUGUAUGUUUGUAUUUGUCUAUACGAUGUUGGUGUACAGGCAUGAUCAGCAAUGUGGAAACAACCUGAGUUGUGGAAAAAUCACAGCUCUGUUGUCAAAAAAAAAAAGAAGAAAAGAAGCUUUUCGGGGGACAAA